AUGAAGUACUCCACUGUCACUCUUCUCGCUGCCCUGGCUGCCUACUCUCAGGCCCAGUCCAUCUCCAUCCCUGGCGGUGACGAGGUCUCCUCUAUCAUUGACGAUGUUUCCUCCCGAAUUGAUGAUGCCUCCUCUAUCAUUGAGGAUGUCUCUACCCGUGUCGGUGACGAGGUCUCUUCUCGCAUCAGCACCGCCACCGAGACUGGUGCUUCUACCACCGUGACUGAUGCUUCCACCGUCACCGAUUCUGCAGAGACCGAGAGCGAGACCGGAUCCAGCUCUGUCGACACCAGUGCCCUUGGCAGCAUAACCAGCGCUCUUGCCAGUGCCUCCAGCGUCAUCGACGACAAGAUUGCUUCUCUCAGCUCUGAUCUCGCCACUGCUACUGGUACUGCCAGCGAGGCUCUUGAGUCCAAGAUCAAUGCUCUUGAGAGUAGUGCUGGUGCUAUCGAGAGCAGUGCUGGUGCUGCCGCCAGCAGUGCCACUGGCGACAAUGCUGGUGCCAUGCCUACUGCUGCCGUCGCUAUGGGUGCUCUCAUGGGUGGUGCUGCUCUCUUUGCCAACAUGUAA